UAAAACAAUACCUGUUCCUGCCAAUACAAACAACAAAAUCAGAGAGUGAAAUUCGGCCACUUUCCAAAUGGGGUGCCUUCCUUGCAUGUUCUGUUGUUUAGACACCAUUUCCAUUCUCAAAUUUCCUUCUUAAGACCCUUAUAUUAUUCUUCCAAUGGAUCUUUGCAUCUGCUUUUCUCCUCCUUUUAUCAUGUCACGUAAUUUACCCGUUGAAGAGACAAGGGGACUGUGCUGCUCAGCAGCUUCAGCACUUGUUACUAAACUGUCCUAUGCAAUCUUCAUCUUUUUAUUUGCAGUGGUAGGAGCAACAUUAGGAGCCCUGACUGGAGCUUUUGUUGGGGCGAAAACAAAGAUGGGUUGUCUUCAUGGAGCCAUGGUUGGAGCCAUAAAGGGCAGCUUUUUCUCCAUCAAUCUCUUCAAAAUUUCACUCAGAAUUUGCCGUUCCGAUGAUAUAUCGACGACGUAUCUCCUACAACCGGUAAGUGUAUUUUACUCCACAUUCAACGAAGUCAUCAGGAAUGAAUUGUCAAAGGAUUCAAUGGUGAAAAUUCCGAAGACGAGAAUCACGGAACAAAACGUGUGGGAUUCAUUCAGGAACAGAAUCUCUUGUUCGAUUUGCCUUGAGGACUUUACACCUGGAGAAAUAGCCCAUAGCUUGCCACAGUGUCACCAUAUGUUUCAUACCUCCUGUAUUAAACAGUGGUUAAUGCAACAUAAAUCUUGCCCUUUAUGCAGGAGGAAAUUUCGAAGCUCAAAAUGGCAUUAGUUUCCUUCAUUCCAAUCAAACGAGACUCAAGAAUGACACCAUAAUUAUACUAGGAAUUUAGAUUUUUGGAUAAGAGUAGCUCCUCAUUAGUAUAGUUCUUUUUCCUCUUGAACUUUUUGUUGUCUGCACAUGUUCCUACGUUUAUUUUAGAAUCUUACCUUUUUUUGGUAUUGUUUACAUAAUAAACGAACCGUGUAGUAUUAACUUCAA